AAUUUAGGCAUCAACAAACAUUUUUUUAUUUUUUUCAAACUAAAAACAAACAAAAAAUCCGAAAAAUGAAAACCUUUAUCGUCGUCUGUAUGUUGGCUGCCGUAGCAUUGGCCCAACAUGAACACCAUGAUGAACAUCAUCAUGAACAUCAUUCUAUUGUCGAAGAUCUGAUUAAACGUGGUCAUGCUUUAUUACAUUUGGUGCGUGAAACAUUUGAACAACAUCGUGGUAAUGAACACUUAUUGGAUGCUCUUCAACAUCAAGCCGUUUUGGUUGAAGCAUUGGUGAAAGAUUUAGAAUCACAACAUGAAUGUGAAAAUAUUUUUGAAUUACAUCAUAUACAUUUGAUUGAAGAAGAUUUAUUACAUUAUGAAAAUCGUAUCGGUGAAGAGAUUGCCAUAUUGAAUCAGGAACGACAUCAUGAACAUCAUGGUGCUGAAGAAUUAAUUCGACGUGGUGAAGAAUUAUUACGACGUGCACAAGAUGUUGUCGAACAACAUCGUCAUCAUGGCGAUCGUGAAAUGGAAGCUAUUGAACAUGAAAUGCAUGCUGUUCAUCGAUUAAUUGAAGAGAUUCGUGAAAGACCACAUGGACAUGAUUUCACACGUGAUGAAGAAUCAUUGAAACGACAUGAAGAUUCGUUAGCAAAAUUAUUGGAGCGUGUUCAUCAUCGUCAUCAUCACGAUGAACAUCACCACGAUGAACAUCAUCAUCAUGAACAUGAUAAUUAAAUUGAAAAAUAAAUAUUCUCAGAAUGAAUAUUUCAAUUUAAUAUUUAAAAAUUUUUCAGAUUUCUCAAUAAAACAAAUUGAUUUAACAAUAAA